AACAAAGCAACAAAGCAAACAAUUAAGAUAGGGAGAAAAUCUAGAGAGAGAGAGAGAGGGAGGGCUGGCUCUGUAUUUCACUAAUUCCAUAUUCCUCUGAACACACUCAAAGGACACACAAAACAAAGCAAUGACGACAAAAGCAGCCUCUUGUAUUGUCGCCAACGCAGCCAUGGAAAAGUCCUUCAAAACAAGACCUUUAUUACUAUUUCAGUCACUUUGCAACAAAACUUCACAUCACAUGAAACCCUUUGGAGUUCUGGACUCGCUUUGAUGGAGUAGGAGGUCGAGCCAACCAAUUAAGGAAACUUCCGCAGGAACUUUGCUGGGUUUUCUGUCCAGUGAGGAAUUUCAAUUUCGUUUGAACUUGGUCAGUUAUUUUUCGGAGGAACUAGUAACUUUCUCAGAAACCACAAGAUACCAAAAUAAGGUCUGUCUGGAUGUGGAGAAAUUUCAGUUGAAAUCGAAGCUCUUCAUAUUUGGGAAACCAAACCGUUCUGGCAAUCUGAUCUUCAGCGUCCCCUAAUUGUUUUUAUUGUUAAUUGAAAGAAUGGCGCAAGAGGACGGGUCCCCAGUAACUUCAUCACCCCUGCAGUUCUUUCCCUGGCUAUCUCCUGGGAUGGGAUCUCCAUACCCAACAUGGCUCAGGGAGCUAAAAUCUGAAGAGAGAGGUUUAUAUCUGAUCCAGCUUCUUUAUUCUUGUGCUAACCAUGUCGCUUCUGGUAGCAUUGAGAAUGCAAAUAUUUGGCUUGACCAUAUUUCUCAGCUAGCCUCUCCUGAUGGAGAUACAAUGCAGCGAAUAGCUGCUUAUUUCAAUGAGGCACUUGCAGACCGGAUGCUUAAAGCUUGGCCUGGUCUGUAUAAAGCCCUUAACUCAACGAAAAUAACAUCAGUCUCAGAAGAAAUUCUCGUUAAAAGGCUCUUCUGUGAUCUAUGUCCUUUCUUGAAGGUUGCGUACGUGGUUACAAAUCAGGCCAUAGUGGAAGCAAUGGAAGGAGAAAAGAUGGUUCAUAUUAUUGAUCUUCAUUCAUGUGAGCCUGCCCAAUGGAUUUAUCUGAUUCAGACAUUAAAUGCUCGACCUGAAGGCCCGCCUCAUUUGAGAAUUACGGGCAUUCACGAACAGAAAGAGGUAUUAGACCAAAUGUUCCAUCGCUUGACUGAAGAAGCAGGAAAUCUGAACAUCCCGUUUCAGUUCAAUCCUAUAGUUAGCAAGUUAGAGAACCUUGAUAUCGAAAGUUUGCGUGUCAAGACUGGAGAGGCUCUUGCAGUCUGCUCUGUAUUGCAGCUACAUUCUCUCUUGGCAGCUGAUGAUGAUCUUAGGAGAAAAUCACCAUUAGCAUCUAAGAACCUGCAGAAAGUCUUGCAUAUGAAUAAACUCACUUUAGGAGAGUGGCUGGAGAAAGAUCCAAUCAGUGCAUAUAACCUAAGUCCUGAUUCUGCAUUGUCCCCACUAUCAGGUGGUUCACCAAAGAUGGGGAGUUUUUUAACUUCUCUUUGGGGCCUUUCACCAAAGCUAAUGGUGAUCACCGAGCAAGAAUCAAACCACAAUGGCCAUACAUUAAUGGACAGGAUCAUGGAAGCAUUGAACUUUUAUGGAGCUCUUUUUGAUUGCUUGGAGUCUACAGUACCGAGAUCACCAAUGGAGCGACAAAAGGUUGAGAAGAUGCUUUUCGGAGAGGAAAUAAAAAACAUCAUAGCAUGUGAGGGAACCGAGAGAACAGAGAGGCAUGAGAAGCUUGAGAAGUGGAUUUUAAGGCUUGAGUUGGCUGGGUUUGGCAGGGUCCCUUUAAGCUACCACGGAAUGUUACAGGCUAGGAGGCAGUUGCAGGGCUAUGAAGGGUUUAAGAUUAAAGAAGAAAAUGGAUGUUUAGUUAUUUGUUGGCAUGACAGGCCGCUUUUUUCAAUAUCGGCCUGGAGGUUUAGGAGAUACGAGUGAUGUUGGUGGUCCAUGUGGGGAUUGAGUGCUUGUGUUUUUGGUUUUUUCUUUCUUAAUUUUCCUUUUCUUGUUUGUGUAAAGGAUUUUAUGCAUUUCUUCCUCUGCAACUGCAUAGUAUCUUCCUCAGAAGCUUGGGAGAAUUAUUCUCUGUUCUAAAACUUUAGUUAGUUGUUAAUUUGUAUCCUAUUUUAGUUUUCUUCCCACAUAAACGCUGAUGUUUCUGCCAUAUUUGGGUUUGAACCCUGUUCUACAGAUUCUUCAAAGUUAAACAUGACAUUACACUUCAAA